AUGGCCUGCAAUCGAAAGGAUACGGAUAAGAAGGUUGACACAACUAUCGGACAUCAAAAUCUGACCGAAGUCCAAACCAUGCAAGAGAACAACUUUUCAAGCAUUAAAGUCUUUGAGAUAUGUAUAUUUUUUGUCAUCUUAGUUGUAGGUGUCAUUGGAAAUGGACUUGUCAUCUUUGUGACCGGCUACAAAAUGAAGACGACAGUCAACUCCAUUUGGUUUCUCAACUUGGCGAUUGCAGACUUCCGUUUUAUUAUGUUCUUGGUUUACGACAUUAUUGUUGCCUUUGAUAAUGGUAUAUUUUGGGAUUGGAACAAACUCAUUAAUGCAUGUUUGACUUUUGUUUGUGCGCUAAAUUUGUUUGCAAGUAUUUUCUUUCUGACAGUUAUCAGUGUGGAUCAAUGUCUGUGCACAUAUUUUGUUGUUUGGGUUCAGAACAAACGAACUUUAGUCAAAGCCAGAAUCAUCUGUGUAUUUGUGUGGAUUUUAUCCAUCUGCUGCAGCAUUCCAUCUGGCAUUGAUCAGUAUGUACUUAAAGAUGAAAAUCUCAUCAAUGUCUAUACAUCUCUGCACACAUACCUGUUCAUUGUUGGAUUUUUUAUUCCCUUUAAAAUCAUUGCGUCUUCAUACAUAGCUAUUGGUGUGCAGGUAAAACAUUUCAAAACAGGAAAGCAGCUUCGGCCUUACCGGAUCAUAUCUGUGAUUCUGGCUUUUUUCAUAUGCUGGUUUCCUCAUCAUGUACAUAGUUUGUGUUUAAUAAGUGCAUAUAAGUAUAACUGGAGUGCCAGUGCUAUAGAGAAAAUCAAUGAUGCAGAACCUUUUGUAGACUGUCUGGCUUAUCUGAACAGUUGUCUGAACCCCAUUCUCUAUGUGUUCAUGUGUGAUGAGUAUAAGAAGAAACUUAAAAAGUCUCUCCUGCUGGUGUUUGAGGCGGCUUUUACUGAAGAGCAUCUGAGUUUAAGAUCAACUCCACUUCCUCACAACUCUCAAUGUCAGCAGGUACUACGUGUACAGACAGAAGAAACAACCAUCUGA